GAAAGCGACUCUUGAACUGACGACUCACCGUCGACGCCGUUUCCGACGUUGCAGCCUCUGGCCAGCUUGUCUUUUCCCCUCUGCCAGUUUCUAGACCUGCAGAGCUUAGGUCGAAACAACUCCCAAGCCGGCCUUUAGUCGCGUCCUACUCGCUAUCUGUCUGCUGCAUUUCAUAGCUCUUCUCACUUUAUUUCCUGUUUUCAUUGCUUUUUCUCCUUUUUUACGGAUUCACAAAUGGCAACUACCGCUCGCCAGCCUAAAGCAAGAGGGAAGGGAAUGGCAGAUCCUCCUCGCCGUCCCGGUGCUUGGCAGACCGGUGCUAGGGCUUCUCCUACUUUCUCGCCUGCCAACAAUCCCGCGCGUCUUCCUCCUUCAGCUAAUCAGGGGGGCUUCCCACCACUAGGUGCUCAGACUAAUGGCUCUCGCAUUCAUGACCCCGUGCAGGAGCGCCCUCUUCAUAUUCUUUCUGGUCUUACCGGCACAACUAUCACCCUGACCACCAAAACUGCUCAACGGUAUGAGGGUGUCAUAGCAUCUACUACUGGUGAGGGUGAUAUCGCCGGGGUUACCCUCAAGGAUGUCAAAGAGAUAUCCAAGCCUGGCGCACCACUCAAGGAGUCAUUUUUCAUCGCCUCCACUAACAUCGACACUUGGCAGUCUGGUCCUGCUGACGCUAAGAUACCGGUGCCCAAUGGCGACUCCUUCCGAACAGAUGCGGAUAUCAGCAAGAAUAAGUCAGUCCGUGAACGGGAACUACAAGCUUGGCAGCCAGCUCCUGUCGCAACCUCUCCGCCUCCGACAGUCACGCAUCACGAGAGUGCCGGCGACGAGGUUACCUUUGGCCCGGGCUCAAGCGCUAACAUAUCUUGGGAUCAAUUCGCGGCUAAUGAGCAAAUGUUCGGCGUCACUACUUCUUAUGAUGAGGAGGUUUACACCACUAAGUUGGAUCGGACGGCUGCUGACUAUAAGGAGAAGGAGCGUAAGGCUCAGCGUAUUGCUAGCGAAAUACUGAGCGGCGCUAUAAACAAUCCUCAUAUAGCAGAGGAGAGGAACUUGAACGUUGACGAUAGCGGUGUGAACGAGGAAGACAAAUAUGGGGCUGUGGUCCGAGGGCAGAAUGCUUACAUUCCACCAGGCGCUCGCAAAUACCAGGGCGGUGUACCAGCUUUAGGAACAAGUCCGCCUUCGAAAACUGAUGUUCCUAAAUUAUCUGUCAAUGGUCCUGACGGUACUCCUGUUGCUGCAAAGGACGUGGCGCCUCCUGCUGUCAAGUCCCCUUCUCCUGCGCCAUCAACAUCGUCGGCUUCUAAUAAGCCCCCGGCGGAUCCAUUGCCGGCGUUCCGUGACUUUGUGACGAAUGAGAGGCAGCGCUUGACGCAAAAGAAGCAGGCGCUCGUCAAGAGUGAGAUGGACAAACGGAAGGCUGAGUUGCUGAAGUUCAGCCAGACAUUCAAGCUGAACAAGCCCAUCCCGGAUGAUUUGGUUCCUAUUCUUGCCAAGGAUGAGGAUAAACAGCGACAGAUUCGCGAGAAGGCCUCGCAGGAUGCAGCCUCGACGACCGCUCGGGCUAUCGGCGUCACCGCUACUCUCAAUCCCUCUCCCAGCGCCUCUCGCAUGCCAAUCUCCACCUCUAACAAGAUCACCCCCAUUGCCUCUAAGCCUACUGCUGCGCCUGCCGUCGCAAAGGCACCUGUCGCUGGUACCUCUACCUCUGUCGCUAAACCUACCGCUACGAAGCCCGCUGAGCUCGCCAAGAAGACCUCGGUUAGUAUGUAUAUACAGCCCAUCCCCCCGUUCAAAGGCUCCAAGCGCUCAACCACACCGUUGCCUGCCGCGGCGACCCACACGAACGGCGCUGCCGUGCCCAUGUCGCCCACUAGCACCGCAAACCGGCUCAACGCGAAUGCCUCGUCGUUCAGGCCCAAUCCAAAGGGUCCUACAUCUCCGAUUCCGAGUUCCACGUCGGCUUCUGCGUCACCGAAGACUAAGCCUGCUGAAUCGUCUCCUCCCACUCCCAAUCCGUUCUUUGGCACCAAGGUCAUCAAGAAGGGAGCGAUUCAUAUCAAGGAUGAUUUCAACCCAUUCAAGCACAACAAAGUUGUGGAAGCGAAUCAAAUUACUGCUAUCUGGCCUUACAGUGGCAAGCGCUACAUCAAUAUGUUCCCUCCCCUGCAACACCAAUCACCUCAGCAACCCGUCCACAUUGCGCCACCCGGUCCGCCACCCGUCUCCCACCCUGUAUACGAAGACAGCGGAGAACAACGUGUUUACUACUACCCUUAUUACCCUGGACAGGCUAUGAUGCCUGGCAUGGCGCCUCCCCCACCUGGUGCAUAUGUAUCAACACCUUUCAUGCAACCAAUGGCGUAUCCACCAGGGAUGCCACCGAAUGGCCAACCCAUGUACGCUGCAUCGCCUAUGCCCCAGAUGCCUCCGCCGCAAUACAUGCAACCACCACCUGGCACGUACCCUCCUCCACCCAACGGUGCCGGCCCACGCCCAUCUAUGCCGCCUACUCCAAUCCCCGCACACGCGCAUGCAUACUACCACCAAAGCCCACAAUUACAACACGCCGUCCCUUACCCUAUGAUGAUGCCGCCUGCAGGACCGAAUGGUCCUCCCCACCCAUACGAAGCUGGCCCGGCUCCUCCACAAAUGGGCGGUGUAGGCCACGCAUGAUUGAGUGACGAGUAGCAUGGAGUCCGUAUCUUUUCUUUUCGCUAUCUGUUGUUCGCUGUCUCCAUGCAGUUGUGCCAUUGUUGUUGUGUUUCACAGCUCAGAUGACCUCUGGGUUCAUGUUGUAGCUAUCAUCUCUGGCAUUAAUUGAUGUGUGGACUGAGAACUGAGUACUUGAGGGAUAUGGCGUCAGGGUAUGUGGAUAGAAACGUGAGCGGAUAGCUAAACUAUGAACAUACGAAUCGUGGGUGAAGCGAGAUACUACCGAGUGUGCACUGAAAGCUCGAUCUUUUUCAGUAAGAGUCGGAACCGUUCUCACUUAGAC